AUGGUAGCCUCAACUGCCUGGUCAGUCUUCCAAAUUCCACUGGGCAUCUGUUUGUUCUUAUUUAUGCUCGAACAAAUCAGAUGCCGACCGUGGAGCUCUGCCCUCCCAGACCACUCGAGCCAGCCAGCAGUGGAUCAAGAACAGGAGGAGAGACACAAACUUCCCGACUUCAUCCAGUCAUGGGAGACCUAUAAGAACUACACCAGCCGCCACAGAACUUUUACCGGCCACGCGGACCGUCAAGCGACCAUCGACAUCCUUCAAUCCCGCGUCCCGGCGUCCCGAGUUCAGGAAGACGACGACCCGGACCAAACCACGAUUUUCACCGACAGAUACCGACUCGAGAUCGAUCAACGAGGAAUCCUCGGCCACGGGGCCAGCGGCUACGUCUAUCCCGGCAUCUUGUCCCAUCUGAGGCUCAACGAAGCCCAGGAUGUCGCCGUGAAGGUCUCGCAUCACCCCCAUGUGCUGUGGGAGGCUCAGCUAAUGGAUCUCAUUCACGGCGAUCACCUGCUCCAUUACGUGGAGACGGUGACCAUUCCCCAACCAGAAGAUGACAGGGCCGCAAAUGGACUGGUCUAUGCAAUGGUCAUGCCGCGCAUGCAGGGGACUCUACAUUCGUGGGCGGCCAGGUCGCCGUCGGGCGAGGAGCCAGAGCAGCGGACUCGUUCCGCUAUGCUACAAAUGUGGGAAGGGCUAGUCCAGCUCCAUGCACAGGGCUUCGCGCAUCGGGACGUGAAGCUCGCGAACAUGGUGUAUAGAUGGAACGAGACGGGGGACAUGCACAUACUCCUCUCGGAUCUGGAUCGCGCUACCCCUGCCCGAGAGGUGGGAGGCAGUGCGGGGACUUUGGGGUAUCUAUCUCAAGAGAUCCUACUCGACCAAAAACACGACCCCAUGAGCUCGGAUGUCUUUGCCAUGGCGAUGUCGUUCCUGGGGUUGGUCUCCAGCAAAAUGUCGGCUGAUCGGGACUUUCGCAUGCUGGUGUGGAAGAGUGUGGUUGAUGCUGCGACACAGUCGCGCGUCGAAGCCACUCUACUUGAGUUGUUUGGCAGCAGCUUGUCCGCGAGGCAGGCGGGACUGUUGGCGAAAGCGCUGUGCGAGCAAGAGGGGGAGGAUGCGGGCAGCUGGAUGCGGCGCAUCACGGCUAGGGAGUUUCUUGCCGAUAACAAAUAUGGUUUCCUUUGCUCUCUGGUCAUCCCCAAAUAA